AUGCCCGACAUGUUCGAUAUCGAUACCCGUCAUAUUUUGUAUCCACGAGACAGCCACGAGAGACAUGUCUGGCUUUGUUCGCGCGGAGCCCAGGCGAUGGCAGUCAGCAUCACUUUCACAACCCUGGCGGCAUGUCUUGUCAGUGCACGCGUUUAUACCAGGAGAUAUUUGGUAAAGCAUAUGGAGGCGAAUGACUGGAUGAUACUUAUUGCACUGACAUUCUCGUUCAUCUUCAUGUCAUUCUUCAUACUCGAAGCCGUUCACGGAUUGGGAAUGCCGGAUGAUGAUAUCCCCCUGCGCGUCAAACAGGAGCAAAUGAAAGCCUUCUACCUCACCAUCCCCUUCUAUAAUACCGCUCUGCUUUGCGCAAAAGCUUCAAUCCUCCUCCAAUACCACCGUGUCUUCCCGACGCCGUCCAUGAGACUCACCUGCUCGAUCGUGCUCGCUGCACUAGCUACCUACGGCACCUGGGCUGUGAUAAGUGGAUUCCUCAACUGCAUCCCCGUGGCUAAAUUCUGGGAACCCUCGAUAAGGGGAUACUGCCUUGAUUCGGAAGCGUUGUGGUUCUCCAAUGCUAGUAUGCAUAUCCUGACGGAUAUUGCGAUUUUGAUCAUCCCCAUCCCGGCGUUGAAGGGGUUGAGAUUGCCCCUUAGACAGAGGGUUGGGAUUAUUGGCAUCUUUGCCUUGGGCGGGUUUGUAUGCAUAACCAGCAUCAUCCGAUUAAUCAGUCUGAAAAAGAUCGCCGACUCAACCGACCCUACCUACGACAACGUCGGCGCCGCCACCUGGUCCGCAAUCGAAUGCAACACAGGUAUAAUCUGCGCCUGUCUCCCCACGCUCCGACCACUGCUAUCCAAAAUCCUGCCGAACUUCCUCGCAUCCCUGACUCCGCGAACGCGGAGUUUGAAUACCGUCACUUUCCCGCCGGUGCUUAUAGACGUCCACCAGCGCUUGCAGGUAGAAGCAUCCGCUCGAGUCGCAGCCUGUUUGAGUGAUGAUACUCGAUUGGCGCAUACCGAACAUGUUGAUCGUGAUCGCGGCGAUGAUGACGAUGACGAUGAUGAGAGUGCGGUGACUUUGGUUCAACAUCACAAGGGGUUCGGGUGCAGAUUAUCCAAGGAUUCGAAUGGGGUGAUGACCACGACGACGACGACGACGACGACGACGACGACGACGACGACGACGACGACGUUGAGGAGUGAGGAUAGGUAUCGGUCGUCUGUGUCGUCGGGGCCGACUGUGAGUCACAAACAGUUCACUUGA